AUGGUUUAUGCAGUUAGUUAUUGUCCUUUAUCAAGACAUCAAGAAUUCAAGAAACUCGGUUUUGAUGAUUCCAAGAAAUUAACAGAAGAAAAGCGUGCAGACCUUGCUAAGAUUAUUGAAAAAAAUAAGGAUUGGAUUGGUUGGGCUGUGUAUGUCAUUUCACCACAAGAUAUAUCCACAGGCAUGUUCAAAAAACCUGUUUAUAAUCUGAAUGAAAUGGCUCAUGAUGCAACUAUUCGUUUAAUCAGACAAGUGUUGAAUGAAAAAGUCAAUGUAGAAGAAAUUUAUGUUGAUCCAGUGGGUCCCUCUGCUUCAUAUCGAAGUAAGCUUCAGUCUCAUUUCCCUGGUAUUGCCAUUACAGUUGAACCUAAAGCUGAUUCCCUUUACCCAAUUGUAAGUGCUGCCAGUAUCUGUGCUAAAGUUACUCGAGAUCAAAUUGUUCAAAAUUGGGUAUGGACAGAAACUGGUUUAGAACUCUCAAAGGACUUUGGUUCUGGAUACCCUUCUGAUCCCAAUACAGUCAAGUGGAUGAACAACAAUGAAGACUCGUUUUUUGGCUUUCCUAGUAUAAUGCGAUUCAGUUGGAAGACAAUUAGUGCCCGUAUGGAAAAGACAAGAACAAUUGAAUGGUCAGAAGAUGAGAACGAUGAUCCUCAACCUACUACAAAGAAAGCACAAAAACUACUUGAAGAGAAGCGUGCAAAAAGAGAACGAAAAUUGAAGAGAGUCGAGAAAUAUAACCAUCAUAAGAGAGGAAAGCUAAAUUCCCAAUUUUCUUUAGAUACAUCGUCAUUUUUGGCUUAA